GGCGGUUCAGAGAGGCUACCCGUAUCCGUAACGGAUCUGACUCAGGCCCUCCCCAACCGCUCACCCUGAUCUUACGAUUCCCUCACCCUUACCGAGGAAGGAUCCAUCGGUAAUCUACAUGUGGCGAUAGGUGGAAGUUCAACAUUCAUCUGUUUGCCAGCUCCUCUCCGUUGGAGCGGCCCCAACUUAGUCAUCCGAAUUUCAUCCCUGUCCCAGCAUCUCAACGGCCGUCCCAACAAAAUCGUCAGAAAGUGGAAUGAUAGCAGGAUUGACGGGAUGAAUAGGAAAAUUAAAAUGGAGCGGUUUCGGUCGUUUACAAUGCCACUGUGCUGAUUUGCUUGCCUUCCUAGCCAACGUGGUGCACCUAGGAAGGAAUAGUCACUAUUCUUGACCUCUUAAGACUCCUCGCUAUAUACGACGAACUUGUGCUCGGCAGAGUACUCUUAUGCCAUGGCAGGCUCGAAAGUGGUGGAGAAAGGUUCAGUCGACGGCGCUCCGGCCGCAAAACUACACAUUACUGAGCUACCUAUGACAUGGUCAAACUGGUAUCAGCACGUCAACUGGCUAAAUUGCUUCUUUGUUCUCUUCAUUCCUCUUGUCGGAUGUAUAGGGGCUAUCUGGACUCCAUUGCGGUUGCAUACAGCCAUAUUUGCAAUUAUUUAUUACUUCAAUGCCGGGCUCGGUAUCACGGCGGGGUACCACCGCCUCUGGGCCCAUUGUUGCUACAAAGCCACCCUCCCACUACAGAUCUACCUCGCCCUUGCUGGUGCGGGAGCUGGUCAAGGCUCAAUCCGAUGGUGGUCCCGCGGCCACCGAGCACACCACCGCUAUACAGACACCGAAAAGGACCCGUACUCUGUCCGGAAAGGGUUCUGGUACUCGCACAUCGGCUGGAUUAUCAUGAAGCAGAACUAUAAGAAGGUCGGGCGGUCGGACGCGUCAGACCUCGACGCUGAUCCGGUGGUGAUCUGGCAGCAUAAGAACUAUAUCAACACUGCACUGUUCAUGACUCUCAUCUUCCCGACAUUGGUCUGUGGACUUGGAUGGGGCGAUUGGCGCGGCGGGUUUAUCUACGGGGGGAUUUUGCGAGUGUUCUUUAUCCAGCAGGCGACAAAUUGCGUGAACUCGCUGGCGCACUGGAUAGGCGAGCAGCCGUUCGAUGAUCGCAAUUCGCCGCGGGACCAUGUCAUCACGGCACUGGUAACUCUGGGCGAAGGGUAUCAUAAUUUCCACCACGAGUUCCCGUCUGACUACCGGAAUGCCAUUGAAUGGUGGCAGUAUGACCCGACGAAAUGGAUGAUCUGGAUCUGGAAACAGGUCGGGCUGGCAUACGACUUGAAGCAGUUCAGGGCGAAUGAAAUCGAGAAGGGAAGGCUGCAGCAGAUGCAGAAGAAGGUGGACGCUCGACGGGCGGCGCUGGAUUGGGGAGUUCCACUGAAGGAGCUCCCUGUCUUUAGCUGGGACGAGUUCAUUGCUGAGUCCGCGAACCGAGCCCUGGUUGCAAUUGGGGGUGUUAUUCAUGAUGUCUCGGAUUUCAUAAAGGAGCACCCGGGUGGAAAGACAUUCAUUUCGUCCGCGGUCGGUAAGGAUGCAACAGCCAUGUUCAACGGCGGUGUUUAUCAACAUUCAAAUGCUGCGCAUAACUUGCUCGCAAUGAAGCGGGUUGGCGUGGUUCGUGGCGGAGGUGAGGUUGAGAUCUGGAAGGACGCAAAGCAGCCUUCGAAAGUGAGCUUUCCAGAAAUGGUUCGUGCUGGAGAGCAAAUAACAAGAAGGACUGUGCCGGUGCUUGAUAGAUCGUAGCCUCAAAGCCUGCAUCGAUGGGAGUAAGGAGAUUAGUUUGGCUUAGGUAU